AUGGAAACAAAACAUUUCUCAGAGGACAACAGAGAUGGCUUCCUUCCCCUCUCCUCCUUGCGUCUCUUGGCUGCACCCCUGCGGCUCGCCUCGGUGGCCAUGUGGCUGGUGACCCAGCAGAAAGAUGUGAUGCAUUAUGGAGAGCUGGAGGAGUUUGUGUCGCUGGUGACAGAGACGGUCCCUGAGCUGCUGAGUUACAGAAAAAGGGUCCAACUCAUUCUGGGGCUGCGAGCAAGACUGAUUCUGGAGUUGUGUCGGGGCGAGCACCUAGCUGACCCCGCGACCAUCCAGCACCACCUGGACAAGUUCCGGCCUCCUGUAGCUCCUCCUCUGCAUAGCGAAAUGAGUGAUACGGAGUUGGAGGUGUUGGAAGCCAAUUUUCUGGAGCUGGUGCAAACUCUGCUGAAAGACCCAGUGGAGAGAGAACACUUCUUCCAGGAGGUGUUCCCAGUCGAGUACGGGCCCCAGUACGACCUUGCACUGCAGCUCCUGGUGACCGAGUUCGUCUCCAGACUGGAGCAGCUGCUGCCAGUGCCAAACUGGGGACAGAUAGUGCGCUGGCUUAGUGCUGCCCCCUCUGGUGUGGAGGAAUGUCUUCACAGUGUCUCUGAUCCACAGCAGCUGAAGAUGCUGCUGCAACACCACAGAUGUCUUGGCCAUCUGGAUAGGCAUGAUGCUGUUUCCACCAUGGGUGAUUGCAUCCUCUCCUCUCUUUCUCUCCCUCCCAUAGUGAGAGUGGUUAUUGCCACUGAGCAGAUUGACUCUGACAGCCAGUCGGAGUCCAUGCGUGACUCCAUUUUAAGCCCUGCAUCUGAAAGCAAAGAGGAGGACUUGGAAUAUAUGAUUGACAGCACGGUUCACACAAAGGUGGACUUGAGAGUUGACAGUGGGCUUGCGCAUGAAGGAAAAGCAGAUCGUGGGCAACAUGAGGCAGUGAGCCAGUCACUCCUGGUUUCCUGUCUGCUCCAGCAGCCCACUGUACUGAUCCAGCGCCUAGAUCUCUCUAACAUCUCCCAUCCUGUAGUGACACUUCCUCUUCCAGUGUCAAGUACUGGGGAUAAGGAAGGAAAUUCUCCACGGGGACAGGAAGAGUUCUCUGCGAUGAGGGAAUUGCAGAAGGACCGGCUUGUGAACCACAAGAGAAAGAGGAAGUGUGCUAAAGUGUGCAGCGUGUCUCCCGUCAUCUUCCCCAAGGAAGGAAACACAGGAGCCAGCACCCUGUUAUCUGAUGGAAGCAAAAGCAUCCCCUGGACGGAGAGGGAGACGCUUGUCCUCAUUGACAUUUGGGGAAGGGACAAAAUCCAGCGCAAUUUGAAGGACUGCACACGGAACAGAAACAUUUUUGCUGUCAUUUCAAGGAAAAUGGCCGCCCAGGGGUUCUUUAGAACACCUGAGCAGUGCCAGUCUCGGAUUAAAAGACUGAAGUGGAGCUUCCGCCAGUCCUCAGAUGGCAACAGAUCAGGGUGCAAAUUCUACAGUCAGCUGGAGCGAAUAAUUGGGAAUAAAACCCAGGCCACUGCUGUCGGGACUGUGCAUUUGACCGAGGACACAGACGGAGAGUCCACGACUGACUCUGACUUGGCCACAGAUUCCCCAGGAGCUGCUGGAAGCAAAAAAAUCCCGUGGACAAACCGAGAAACCCGUACCCUCAUCGACAUCUGGGGGGAGGCGGACAUCCAGUGGAAUCUGAAGAACUGUUUAAGAAACAGACACAUUUUUGAGCUCAUUUCAAAGAGAAUGUGCGAUCGGGGUUACUCCAGGACAGCAGAGCAGUGCCAGACCAGGAUAAAGCGGCUGAAGCUGAAGUUUCGCCAGUGCUGCGAUAACAAUAAAGAUGGAGGGGAAAAGGUGUUCUGCAAGUUUUACGAUCAGUUGGAGCAGAUCAUUGUGAAUAAGCCCCUCGCAGCUAGUGCUGUGGACGUGUGCGCUGACAGCGUGGGAGAGAGCACCUCUGCUGCCCAGGAAUGCAAGGUGCAGGAGAAUGCUGCCGGUUCCAAUCAGGAGAGAGGAGCAGCCAGCAUCCUGGUGAACAACAAAGCCAAUGACAUCCCAUGUGGAACGGAACAAGACAAGUACGAGACCUAUGAUCACACGGAGCCAAUAACUGGCUCCGGGGCUGGGGCUGUGGAUUCGUAUGGUGACAGCGCUGGAGUGCCUUCAGAAGCGGAUUCUGCUGCCGAUUCGGAUCUGGAGAGAGCAGCCAGCAAGCCGAAGACUGAUGGAGCUAAGAAAAUCCCGUGGACAAACCAAGAGACCCGUGUGCUGAUUGACAUCUGGGGACAGGAGGACAUUCAGCAAAACCUAAAAGACUGUUACAGGAACGGACACGUUUUCACUGUCAUCUCAAAGAGGAUGUGGGCUCGAGGGUACUCCAGAUCGGCGGAGCAGUGCCACAUGAAGGUGAAGCGACUGAAGUCUAGUUUCUACCGGUGCGUGGGAGCGAGUUCAAGUGGAAGGGAGCAAGUGCUGUGUAAGUUCUACCACCAGCUGGAACAGAUACUUGGGAAUAAGCCUCUAGUGUCCUCUGCUGUGGAUCUGGGCAGUGACGGCGUAGGAGAGCCCUCGUGUGCAGGGGAAGUGUCUGCAGCUGGAGAGACUGUUGCUGCUUCUGACCUGAAGGAAGAUUGGCAAGGAGCAGUCAAAAUGUCCAUGACUGACAGAACCAACAAUGUUCCUUGGUCAAAGCAAGAGACCCUUGUUCUUAUUGAUCUUUGGGGAGAGGAUGAAUUUCAGGAAAAUCUGAAGGGAUGUAUCAAGAACAGGCAUCUCUUCAGUCAGAUUUCAAAGAAGAUGGCUGCCCGAGGAUACUCCAGAACACCACAGCAGUGCCAGUCAAGGGUGAAAAGACUGAAGGCGAGUUUCCGCCAGUGCUCUGACAGCAUUGCAAGUGGAAGAGAACCAAUGGAAUUUAAGUACUACCAUAAACUGGAGCGCAUACUCGGCAAAGAGCUGCUCACCGCUGCUCCUGUGGCUGUGGACUCCAAUAAUGACACAGUCAGAGGGACCACAUCUACAGCUGGAAUAUCUACAGUUGAAGACUCCACUUCUGAUUCUGACACGGACUCAGAUUCUCAGAGAACAUCCAUCACAGUGGUUGAUGGAAGCAACAGCAUCCCAUGGUCAGAGCAAGAGACCCUCGCUCUUAUUGACAUCUGGGGAGGGGAUAAAAUCCAGCGAAAGCUGAAGGCCUGCAUUAAAAACAGACGCAUUUUUGUCGUCAUUUCACGGAAGAUGUUCGCUCGAGGGUACCCGAGGACACCCGAGCAGUGCCAGUCGAAGAUUAAGAGACUCAGUUUGAGUGCAAGAGAAGGAUCAGAAUGCAGUGAACUGGAGUGCAUAAAUGAAGUCCCUGCCACUGCUCCUGUGGUGACACAGGAUGAUGACACAAAUGGAGAGACUCCCUCUACAGAUGAACUGUCUACUGCUGAAGCAUCUGCAGAUUCGCACGGAGCAGUGAGCAUCACGAGAGACGGAACCAACAACGUCCCGUGGUCAGAGCAAGAGACGCUCGUCUUUCUCGACCUUUGGGGAGAGGAUGAAUUUCAGAAAAAACUGAAGGGAUGUAUCAAGAACCGGCCUGUUUACACUCAGAUUUCGAAGGAGAUGGCCGCUCGAGGAUACUCCAGAACACCCCAGCAGUGCCAAACUCGGGUGAAGAGACUAAAGUCAAUAUUCCACCAGUGCUCUGACAACAUUGCGAGUGGAAGAGAACCAAUGGAAUUCAAGUUCUACAAUAAACUAGAACGCACGCUCGGCAGUGAACUUCGCACAACUGCUCCUUUGGUGGCACAAGCUGAUGACACAAAGGCAGAGACUGCUGAGGCAUCUGCAGGUGGAAAACCCGCCUCUGAUCCUGGCAUGGACACAGAUUCUCAAGGAGCAGCCAGCAUCAUAAUGCUGGAUGAAACCAGCAACAUCCUGUGGUCAGAGGAGGAGACCCUUGCCCUUCUUAAUCUUUGGGGAGAGGAUGAAUUUCAGGAAAAACUGAAGGGGUGUGUCAAGAACAGACAUCUCUUCAGUCAGAUUUCAAAGAAGAUGGCCGCCCGAGGAUACUCCAGAACACCACAGCAGUGCCAGUCGAGGAUCAAACGACUGAAGACGAGUUUCCGCCAGUGCUCUGACAGCCCGAGACAGCAACAAGUGGAAUGCAAGUUCUACAAUCAGUUGGAAGCAAUCAUGGGAGAAAAGGCCCCAUUCUCUGCUGAUUCUGACCAGGAGAGAGGAGGGGCCACAGCGAGUCACACGUCUCCCAGCACCGCCCCUGAAGCUCCGCCCCCCCGGCCUCGGCCACACAGGUGCUCCCGGUGCGGGAAGGCCUUCCGGUUUGAGUCGCACCUAGUACAACACACGCUGACCCACACAGCGGGGCGCCCGUUCGUCUGCUCCCAGUGUGGCAAGACCUUCAGCUGCCCGCGGUACCUGGCGAAGCACCAGCUGACCCACAACGGGGCGUGGCGGCGGCGGCACCCCUGCCCCCACUGCGGCAUGCGCUUCGGCAACGAGUACGACCUGCGGGGCCACCUGCGCACCCACACGGGGGAGCGGCCGUACCUCUGCCCCCACUGCGGGAAGAGCUUCGCCCAGCUGCAGACCCUCACCAGGCACCAGCGCAUCCACACCGGAGAGAGGCCCUUCCUGUGCCCCCGGUGCGGGAAGCGCUUCUGCUCCUCGGGCGAGCUGCUCCUCCACCAGCGCUCGCACACGAAGACCCGGCCCUACGCGUGCUCCGCGUGCGGGAAGACCUUCUCCAGGUCCAGCAGCCUGACGGUGCACCAGCGCUCGCACACGAAGACCCGGCCCUACGCGUGCUCCGCGUGCGGGAAGACCUUCUCCAUGUCCAGCAAACUGACGGUGCACCAGCGCUCGCACACGGGCGAGCGGCCCUACCCCUGCCCGGAGUGCCGAAAACGCUUCUUCACCACCAACCAGCUGAAGCGGCACGUGCGGAUCCACACCGGGGAGAAGCCCUAACGCUGCUUGCUUUGCCAGAAGAGCUUCCCUCAGCCCUUUAACCUGACGAUACACCAGCGAGCCCAUAUGGGAAACAGGAGCUGAGGCAUGCUGUGAGAUGAUCUUGCCAAUACCAAUAGCGGUAUUGUAAUGUCAUUGCAGUUGGUGCUGAAAUGCCUGUAAUGUAAUGAUCAGGAUGUGUGUUUCUGCCGAGCGGAGUAGCUGGUUGACACUUCUCACAAAACAGCAGAACAGGAAGAGCACAUAUUCAAAAGCCAGUCAUUUAUUUACAAUCCGCCAAAAAACCUGCCUGAGCACACAGCCAAACCAGUCAUCAUCCUGCAGCCUUACACAUGUAUUCAUCUUGCCCUUAAUUGGCAGGUGAGGCCAAUUAGCCAGUGGCUGGUUUGGUACAAUUGAACAAUGUGAAGAUUUUUGUGCAAGUUGUCAAUGUAGUUUAUUACGACCUGGGGGCUCUCCAGUAAAUUUGCUCUUUUUCUGUGUUGUAUUUACUCUCCUGGGAUCGCAUUUUGUAUUCAG